UUGAAAUAUGUUCAUUGACGUGAGCAGUUGAUCAUCGAUAUAUCCCAUUCAUCGUGACUUUUGCGGCUUCAUAUUCCUCAUCACUUGGGUGGCUUUGUAAAAAAGAGUUCUAAUGAACAAUUCCACAGUUAUUAAUACGGGAGCCGCAUAAAAGCGGGUGUACGCAAAAUUUGAUAAAAUUUCAGUGGGUGCUUAAGUGACCAAUAUUUCGGAAUGUUUGAAAUAACAUUUAGAAAAUUUACAAAUAGGUAGGGGAAAUGACGGCUUUGGCAGGUUUUGUUCUAUUAUUGUCAGGGGGGUUUUCUAUAACCAAUUAUGCUCAAAUUUGUCCCAAACACAGACAAACAGACAUAACACUCGUCAAAUUUCCAUCGUUCACUGAUUUACUAGUCAAUUCAAAUAAUCAUUAGAUGGCCAAUCGUUCACUAGAGGCGCUCGCAUCGGAUUUGCUCGAGUUUGACAUUUGCUCACUACCACCAUCUGGCUCGUGAUUUGCCCAACUAACUGAAAUCAACAGAUGUCGUUAGUGUUUAAAUGACGAUGAAUUUGAUGAGUAAAUGUUCAAUGUGUUAUGUCUGUUUGUCUGUGUCCCAAACAUUCUUUGCUUAUCAAAGAAUAUUGUGGCUGAAUUUCAUAAAAUUUGGUCAACAAAAACCUACUUCAUUUCCCUCAUCUUCCCUUCCCUACUUCAAGACCCUACUUCUAUUUUUUCCUUUACUGAUCUUAUAUAAUAGUUCGAAUGGCGCACAAACAAAGAGUACACAAUGAUAAUUUGAGCUCAGCUAAACAGCACAUUGCGAUGAGCUAAUCUGAUCUAUUUAAUUCUUUAAGAGCCAAUUCCAUAGUUAUGGUCCCGCAUGAAUAACUCUUAAUUAUGGUUAUGUCAAAUGGUUCGUAUAGAGUAUAGGAUUGAACUAUUGUAAUUAGUGUAUGCAUUCCUUAUUCGUUUCGGCAGAAAUGUGGCCCACUUCUAGAUAUGCGUUUUUGAGAUAUAAACGUUUAUAGCAUCCGAAUAACAUCAAGAAGAUAUGGGCUCGUCUCUCGAAGUUAUUUUCUUGGCGCGUGCCAUUUUAUGAGUUCUUAUCAAAAUAUUUCAUAAUAAAAUGAGUCGCCAUUCCGGGCUUCUGUCAAAAAGAUCAACGACUUCAGUUGACAGCCUGGCCUAGAACGAAUCAGACGUGUUUCGAGCUUGUUUCUUUUUAUCAAUACUAUACGUGAACAAUGGGUGUCAAACGGGAGAACACAUUAGUAAUAGAUUUCAGUGUUCUACCCAAACGCCCGGAACCAUCGGCCGUGCAUAAGUUUAUGUGCAGUGAACUGAAAUUGAACAACGAUGACAUCGUGAAUGUUCAGUUUCACAAUCUUCGAAACUGUGUAUACGUCGAGAUGGUGGAUAUAGACACUGCCCGAGGAUACCAAAAUACUAAUCAUCUACAACACCACGUGCGGUGUGGCGAAAAUGCAUACAAAAUCCCAGUGUAUGUAGAGGAUGGCGCGACUAACGUGCGCGUUCAUGAUCUUCCACCUAGGACUUCACACUCUGUUAUAGCAGAACACUUGCGACAGUACGGCACCGUUCUUUCCAUCACUAGAGAAGUGUGGAAAUAUUAUUUCCCUGGACUUUACAAUGGAGUUCGUGUAGUGAGAAUGCAACUCACAAAACCGAUUCCUUCACAUGUGAUUAUUAAUGGUGACGUCACUUUGGUCACUUACCAAAACCAUCCACGGCCAAAGAAGGUACGUCUGCAGCAAAGCGAAAACGGCCAACAACACACAUACACCACAAAUCCGAUGGAAGCUGUGGAACCGAAUGGUACAUUCAUACUGGAUGCUGCCAGCUUCCCUUCGCUGGAAGAAAUACCUAUGAAGACCAAUGUAUCACAACAAAAGCAGACGGUGGAAGAAGGAAACGAUAAAUCCAAGCAGUACUCUCAAGCUGGAGGAAACAAUAGCGAACCAGAUUCAAUAGACGAAGAGACUGUAACAAUUCAGACUGCGAACAAGCGACGGCUGUCAUCGGAAAGGAAAGAGAAUAGUCCAAAACGAACCACUCAAAAACAGAGUAUCCGGAAUCCAAGAUCGGAGGACACCAUGGAUGAAAGUGAGAAAGAAUCAGAUGAUCCUGCUUCGUACUCACCAGUAUUAACGAGAAGCAAAAGAAAAAACCAAUAAAAAACAAAAUAUUUUAUUCCAAAUUUAUAAAUUGUAAUAAGUUAGUUUUCAGUACGAGACGAGCCAGCCUCGGGCUGAAAGUCUCAUUAAUAAAGACAAAAAAAAAAAAAAAAAAAAAAAAAAAUCAACGACUUAUUAGCUCGACAUUGGAACAGCCCAUGGAUACUAAUUAAUGAGAAGUAGAAUUAUUCAAGGCACAUGCGAAGGCCCCAGAAGUAGAUCAAGAGAAUGAUCGGUCGUAUGAUAAUAUAUUCUGUCAAUGAGCAAUUGUAGAAAGACUGUUCCUCGAAAUUCUUCUGCUUCUUGAAAUUGGAUUCCAACGCGAUUUACCUUAACCAACCUUAACGUACACUGUACUGUACGUCGUACAAAUUGUAAUAAAAAAAACUUCAUGAUCGCUAGUCAUUAGUUCAUGAUCGUCAUUCCAGGUUUCAACUUGAUGCAAUAUAUUAUUACAACUUUUAAUAUUAACGCUGAA